AGGGUGAGUGAGAGUGAGAAUGUCGAACCCUCAAAAUCAGAAACCAUGGAAGGCGGAAUACGCGAAGUCGGGGCGAUCGUCAUGCCGGAUGUGCAAGAGCCCCAUUGCCAGUGAAACGCUGCGUCUCGGCAAGAUGGUCCAAUCCACCAAGUUCGAUGGCCUCAUGCCUAUGUGGAAUCAUGCUGCUUGCAUAUUGAAGAAAGCUAAUCAGAUAAAACUAGUUGACGACGUUGAAAACUUAGAGUCGCUUCGUUGGGAAGAUCAGCAGAAGAUCCGAAAAUACAUAGAGAGUGGCAGUGGUAGUGGCGGCAGCAGCAGUGCUGCCACAAAAUCAGGCUCAAAAGCUGUCAAAGAUACUGAGUGUGGUAUUGAAGUUUCACAGACUUCUCGCGCUACUUGCAGGAGUUGCAGUCAAAAGAUUAUCAAAGGAGAGGUUCGUAUAUCCACUAAGCCUGAUGGUCCAGGUGCAAAAGGUUUGGCUUGGCACCAUGCCAAAUGUCUUGUGGAAUUAUCCCCAUCAAUUGAAGUAGAUAAGUUAUCUGGAUGGGAUAGUCUCUCAUCUUCUGAUCAAUCAGCUGUCAGUGACUUCGCCAAGAAGUGUCAUCCAAUGGACAAGGCGGGUGUUAGUAGUACAAACAUUGAAACUGAAAAGGGUAAAGAAUCCACGCAACUACGCACUUCCAAAGGUGGUACAAAACGAGGGAAAGAUGCUGAUAAUGAGCGAAAGUCAAAAGUUGCUAAGGUCAAGGGAGAUUUAUCUGCGAGCAGUGAAGCAUCUGUUAAGAAUUAUAAUGAAACAGGGGAAGCAUGUGAUCUGGAGAAGAAAAUGGAAAUCCAGAGCAAAGAAAUAUGGGCUCUGAAAGAUGAUCUCAAAAAGAAUGUGACAACACCAGAGUUACGUGAAAUGCUGGAAGCCAAUGGUCAAGACUCAACAGGAUCAGAACUUGAUUUACGUGACCGCUGUGCUGAUGGAAUGAUGUUUGGAGCACUUGGUCUUUGCCCAAUAUGUUCUGGCUUUCUGCGUUACUCUGGAGGAAUGUACCGUUGUACUGGAUACGUUUCAGAGUGGAGUAAAUGUUCUUACUCUACAUGCGAACCAAAACGUGUUGAAGGGAAGUGGAAAAUCCCUGAAGAAACAAAUAAUAAAUACCUUGAAAAGUGGUUCAAAUCUCAAAAAGGGAAGAAACCAGUUAGGAUAUUGCCUCUUCCAUCACCAAGAAAAUCUGCUGAAAGUCAAAUUGCAACGGCUAAUCAGCAUCAAUCAUUGAAGGCUGAAAAUUUCCAAGAUAUCAAAGUUGCUAUCUGUGGAUUAGCUAAUGACGCCAUUGAGGAAUGGAAACGCAAAAUUAAUGCCAUGGGUGGAAUCUUUCAUGCAAAAGUAAAGAAAGAUACUAACUGCUUGGUGGUUGGUGGAGUGCUCAAUGAUGAAGCUGAGAUGCGGAAGGCAAGGAGGAUGAAAAUUCCAAUAGUCAGAGAGGACUACUUGAUUGACUGCAUACAGAAAAAAAAGAGACUUCCAUUUGAUAUGUACAAGGUUGAAAUGAUUGGUGAGGCUUCUAGCAUGGUCACCAUUAAAGUGAAGGGACAAAGUGCUGUUCAUGAGGCUUCUGGCCUACAAGAGUCUGGCCACAUACUUGUGGAAGGAAAAAGCAUAUAUAACACAACUUUGAAUAUGUCUGAUUUGUCUACUGGUAUUAACAGUUACUACAUUCUCCAGAUAAUCCAAGAAGAUAAGGGGUCAGAUUGCUUUUUGUUUCGUAAAUGGGGUCGAGUAGGAAAUGACAAGAUUGGAGAUAAUAAACUGGAGGGUGAAAUGUCAAAAUCUGAUGCAAUCUGUUAUUUCAAACGAUUAUUCUUUGAGAAGACUGGAAACCCUUGGGAGGCAUGGGAACAAAAGACCAUUCAGAAGCAACCUGGAAGAUUUUUCCCAUUGGAUAUUGAUUAUGGUGUUAACAAACAGGUAUCAAACAAGAAAAGAAAUGAUAAUGACAGCAAACUACCCCCGUCAUUAAUAGAAUUGAUUAAGAUGCUCUUCAACGUGGAAACUUAUAGAUCUGCCAUGAUGGAGUUUGAGAUUAAUAUGUCUGAAAUGCCACUUGGGAAACUAAGCAAAAGCAAUAUCCAAAACGGGUUUGAAGCAUUGACGGAGAUACAAAAUCUGUUAAAACUUACUGAUCCUGAUCCAUCAAUCAAGGAAAGCUUACUUAUUAAUGCCAGCAACCGGUUCUUCACCAUGAUCCCUUCUAUUCAUCCACAUAUUAUUAGGGAUGAAGAUGAUUUUAAGUCCAAGGUGAAAAUGUUAGAAGCCCUUCAAGACAUUGAAAUAGCCUCUAGAUUAGUUGGAUUUGAUGCCAACAAUGAGGACUCAAUUGAUGAUAGUUAUAAGAAGCUCCACUGCGAUAUAUCUCCACUUCCUCAUGACAGUGAAGAUUUUUGUUUAAUUGAAAAGUUUCUCCAUAAUACUCAUGCCCCUACACAUACGGACUGGAGUCUUGAGCUGGAAGAAGUUUUUUCACUUGAAAGGGAAGGUGAAUUUGAUAAGUUUGCUCCUUACAGGGAUAAACUUGGAAACAGAAUGCUCCUANGGCAUGGUUCUAGGUUNACAAACUUUGUGGGCAUUCUUAGCCAAGGACUCAGAAUAGCCCCUCCUGAAGCCCCCGCGACUGGCUAUAUGUUUGGGAAAGGGGUGUACUUUGCGGACCUGGUCAGCAAAAGUGCCCAGUAUUGCUUCACUGAUAAGAAAAACCCUGUUGGUCUAAUGCUAUUGAGUGAAGUUGCACUUGGAAACAUCUAUGAGCUCAAGAAAGCUAAGUAUAUGGAUAAACCUCCCGAAGGAAAGCACUCUACCAAAGGACUGGGCAAGAAAAUGCCUCAAGAAUCGGAAUAUGCAAAGUGGAGAGGUGAUGUGACUGUUCCUUGUGGCAAACCAGUGCCAUCAAAUGUCAAGGCUUCUGAGCUCAUGUACAAUGAGUAUAUUGUUUAUAAUACUGCCCAAGUUAAGAUGCAAUUCUUGUUGAAGGUGAGGUUUCAUCACAAGAGAUGAGCACUGUGAGAAGUUUACUGUUUUGGGGCUAAGCAGUUUUUUGACCUGACUUGUACUUAGUAGUCCAUCUGGGAUUCCCUAGAAUUGUCUUAGUGAGGUCUCAUUUUGAGUUGACUGGAGAUCUUUCUAACUUUUUUGGCGCAUGCAUGUAAGUGCGGGGAUUAUCUAGUUGAAACCCGUCACUUGUAGCUGAAUUAUCCCAUGCAAUUUGUGAUCCGGUUAUCUGUAUAGAAUCGCCAUUUUAAUCUUAUUUAGUAUGUGUUGCAUUUUAAACACCAUCUUACCCAGCCUAGUAAUUAGUCGAUGGUCGUUGGUCUGAGGUUACUUUUUGUUUUCUCUAACCUUAGAAAUUAGAACCGGGUGCCAGAUAAACGACUAGACUGGCGGUAAUGAAAAUAGGCAAUGGGCACAAGAUUCCCUGUUUUGGCUGUGGGGAUUUUUGUUACGCAAGACAUUACGUGGUCUGCAUGUGUCAUGUAAAGGUGAUGCUAUUAAUCAAUGCACCAACAAAAUGUUGAUUAUGACAUCAUGCCAUUGGUAUAUAUAAAUUUUUUGCAGUUACUUGCAAAUGGCUA